CUCGGGGGUGCCAACACGGCCCGGCUGCGAUCGCCGGGCCGCUUUGUGCGCACGCUGGCGGACCCUUGGAUCAUCGUUGACGACUGGAACGCCGGCGCGGCGCAGCUGGAGGCUUCAGACUUCCUCCAGUUCUUCGAUGGCGUGGUCAAGGUGCCCGACGCGGAGGCCACGUGCACGACAGCCGCGGGCACCUCGCGGAUCGACCACCCGGUGAUCAAGAGGGGAUUCGAACAGUUCGUGUCUGCGCGGGCCAACGGCCAGGUCCCCGCGGCCUCGAGCUGGAGAUUGACAGCGGCCAUGAGGCUCGGUGGCACCAGACGGACAGCAAGCGCUCUCGCAGAUUGGCUGAGCAGGGGGAGCGCCGCCGCGAGUCGGCUGCGCGAGGCCUUCGACGACAUGGCUGGCGAUCUUGCCGGCGCGCAGCCUGUCGUGCAGACGGAGCGCGCGCCCUUCCACAUCGGUCAGGAUGUUUGGGAGGUUGCGGAGGCCUCGGUGCGCGCUCGCGCGCUGCUGACCGCCGGCGCGCACGGCGACGCGCGGGCGGUUCCUGGCGGCGACGGCCUAGCACGGAUCUCCCAGCGCUACGCCGCGUGGGUCAGCACGGUGGAGGAGACGUUGCUCCAGGCCGAGCAGGCUGAUGACUCCGCGCGUCGCCAUUGCCGAGGGCGCGCAGAGGUCCCGAGCCUGGUCUGGGCGCGCCUCAAGCCCUCCCCAGGCCGCGCCCACAUGCGCUCCCCUGUCACGGAGUGGCGGCGGGCACUGGAGACACUCGUCGUGAAGCUUCUCGCCCUCAAGCGCCACGGCGCCGACGAGGCGCAGCAGGACACUACCAUCGCGACCAUCGACCGCAUGGUGGGCGAGGGCAUGGACCAGCCACGUGAGCACAUCUUCGGGAGGAACGCGACCUCCGACGUGAUCGAGCAGUGGCAGCUGCUGCUCCACGUGGCGACCAGGCCCGACGCCGACGUGGAGGACCUCGAGCUGGCGGCGCAGCAGACGCAGGAGCGGGCGCAGCGGGCUUUUGCCCGCAGCCUGGCGGCGGCCGGGCAGGCCUUCGUCCGCUGGGCUCAGGAUUGCCGGCGCAAGACUCCCGGCGCUGUCCACCGACACGCGAAGGGCGUCAGCGCCGACCUAGG